CUUCACACUCUUUCCUCCCUCCCUUCCCUCCCCCUUGUUCCUUCUUGCACCCGCCAAGUAGGUGCAAGAGAGAGCAAGCUGGACAAUGGUCAGUGGCUUGCGGUAGUACCAGUACGCCGGUGCCAGCGCUGAUCGAGCAGCAGGCAGACUGGCAGCAGCAGAAGUAAUGUGACGAGUGGAUUGCUGGCCCCUGGCUUCGCCUGUUCUUUAGCCAUGUAGUCGUAGCAACAAAACACACACGGGCCUAUUCGCAUUGCUUCUGAUCCAAACAGCGACGAAGCGGGGGUCAGUUGACCAAAGCCUCUCCGCCAUAGGGCUCUAAAAAAACAUGAAGGAUAUCGACUUCUGACGUCUGCCUGAACUGGGGAGGGGUGGGGAACCAGCACGCCUAACAAUACCGCUGUACUAAUCGUCAUUCCCGCAUACUUGUGGAAUUGAAUUGCUUGGCGAAAAGUUUUCGAAUAUAUAUCUGUUCUUUUGUGCUCUUUGACACGGCUGCUGUGCCCCCCAAUAUCACCGCGACCACAACACCUAAGACCUGUUUUUAUAAGAGCCUCGCCUCUUCUCUUCAACUGUAUGAAUAUAAUUUCGGAGAUUUCAAACCCUGUCCCCUGCGAGGAGGAAUGAGCUGGAUUUCCUAUCUUUGCUCGUAUUCUUCGGGUGCUUUGCAAAAAUGUACCUGGAUAAUUUUCCAGCAUGGAUAUCAUAACGAUAUAUAUGGAUGCAAGGAGUUUAGCAAGGAACAGCUAAUUAUCAGAAGAGAGAACCUGUCACUGAACAUCUUACAGACCGUUGGCAGAUAACGAACUCUUCCAGGGAAUGUGGUGCUGAUCAGGAGAAAUUUCCUCAUGACUAAAUUCGGCGAACUCUUGGGGCGAAACCCAGAUUCUUCUCCCAGCGAGGAAAGGCCCAUCCGACAGGUCCUGCUCAUUGCUAUUUUCUUUCUGCUCUGGCAUUCAGAAAGAAUCCAUCGCCAGUGGCGUCGUUUCCUUGACAACUGCGGCUUGAGACUCAAUAAUUACCUGCGUCGCGACCCGAUAGGGAUCCUGUGGCGGUCACUGUCUCAAGCGGCCGUAUCUGUGACCACGUCAUUGAUGCAACUCAUCAGCAAACGACCAGUCCUCGUCUGCUGGCCACGGCAGCUUCAAAACUUCUUCUUGCUACACUGGUUGGUAUUUGCGUUUUCCCGCACUCGCCACCUGCUCGUCGGCUGUAUCUCACGAGUACAGGGCGCGAACUGGCAGUACUGCCUGGUGCAACUGGCAAUGACUAUAGUGUCGGCGCCUGCUGUCCGACGUCUAAAGCAUGCCAUGUCCGUAAUUGCUCUCUUCGGGUUGAUCAGGCUCGUCGGGAUCAUCCGAGGCGGGGUCACAGGAAACGACUUCAACGCGAUAGAGCGUUAUGGUCUGCUGGUCACCCUUUUCAUCUAUUUUCUUCAGUGCUUAGUGUUUGUGCCCUUGCCGUUUUUCAUCUUCAACUUCCUAGGAGUUGUCCUCCUCAAUGUCUUCACGACAAAGCCCAAACUGAAAAGCUGCCCUUCCUUGAGUCCUUUCCUGUGUUUCAGGGUGGUCACUCGAGGACUGUACCCGGACCUGGUCAACGAAAAUGUUCGGCACAACAUCAAGAUCUGUAACAAUAUUGGUCUGCAGAAGUACGUGUUUGAGGUCGUGACAGACAUCCCGAUAAAUUUGGAAAAACAGGCGCAGAGUCGAGAAGUUGUAGUUCCCACGGAGUAUAAAACGUCAUCAGGUUCCUUGUUCAAAGCUCGGGCACUGCAAUACGCUCUCGAACCCGAGGUGGACAAUCUCCAGGCGGGCGACUGGAUCGUACAUCUGGACGAAGAAACACUUCUCACUGAGGAGUCUGUCAUUGGCAUUAUAAACUUUGCCGGGGCAGCAGAUUACUCCUUCGGACAGGGUGUCAUCACGUACGGCCACGGUCAAGUAGUCAACUGGAUCACCACGCUUGCAGACUCCGUCAGAGUGGGUAUCGACUAUGGCUGCUUACGUUUCAGCCUCGGAGUGCUUCACAAGCCUAUCUUCAGCUGGAAGGGUUCUUUCAUCGUGGCCGACGCCGAGGCUGAAAAAGACAUCUCGUUUGACCACGGUCCCGAAGCAUCCAUCGCAGAAGACUGCUUCUUCGCCUGCAAGGCCUUCAGUAAAGGCUACAGUUUUGGCAUUGUGGAGGGAGAGAUGCUGGAAAAGAGCACGUUUACUCUGUACGACUUCAUUCACCAACGCCACCGCUGGAUGCACGGCAUUCUACUGACAGCUCUCAGUAAAAAGAUUCCGUUGCGAUAUAAGGUCGGCCCCGUUCUCAUGAGUCUCGCGGGCUGCACCAUGCCUUUCAAUAUGCUUCUGUUUCCGAUCAGCAUGAUUUGGCCCAUGCCUCCUUCACCAGUGAUGUAUCAUAUAUACACGUUCGUUGUUGGUAUCAUCAUUUACCUGUUUGUUCUGGGUACCUUGCAAACAUUUUCUAUCAAGCAGCACGGCUUGAUUAAAUGUUGCCUUUUAGUGAUUGCCACUGUGCUCUGUGGCAUCAUAGCCAGCGUGUUAGAGAACAUUUCCUCACUUCGCGUCUACUGGAUACCCAAAUCCUCCACGAACGGAUUCUAUGUUGUCAACAAACAGGUCCAAAGCGAAUGUAUGAAAAUUCUCUAGCAUGCUCUUUGCCUACAGAUGAUAAUAACUAUUAUUAUAUCAAUGCAUGCUUGUCAACACCGCGUGACGAAUAUGGUUCUACUUGCCCUAGACAAGCCAAACAGAAAUAAUUGCCAUAAACGCAACUUGUGAUUCG